AAAGCUGCUGUAAUAAUCAGCAUCCUCCUGCAUCAUCGAGAUCAGCACUGCAACACACUACAAAGUACUUUCGGCAUCUUUCUCCACUCAUGCAACGCACCCGAGAAGCUCAUCAAGAUCCUCGCGCACAUGGGUCUUUCCAUAUCUCUGACAUCUGUCCACCGUGCUCUCAACUCCCUUGCGGCGCACAGUGAGAGGACUCUUGUCAGGCUUGGGCAGAGCCUUCUCACAUUCUACGGUUACGACAACUUCGACGCAGAAAAAGUUUCCCUUGUGCCCACCGUGGAAGGAUCAAAAGAGCGCCUAAUGCACCUAACUUUGGGCGCGCUCUUCCGCCUGGACCCAUUGGUUCGGUUGGAGGAUCUCCAGUGCUCCAGUCUGGUGUGGGAUCGUUCCGAGGAGAACCCG